UAACCAAAUUCCAAUUGAAAUGAAAUCUUUAGGAUAAAUCAAUGCAAUUUAGGAGGAAUCAAUGAAAGGACAUCAAUUCAAAUCCUGGAUUUUCGAAUUGAGAGAAAUAGUGAGAGAGAUCAAGAAUUCUCACUAUUUCUUAGAUUCAUGGACCCAAAUCAAUUCAGUGGGAUCUUUCAUUCAUAUUUUUUUCCACCAAGAACGUUUUAGAAAACUCUUGGACCCUCGAAUUUUUAGUAUCCUACUUUUGCGCAAUUCACAGGGUUCAACAAGCAAUCGAUAUUUCACGAUCAAGGGUGUAGUACUAUUUGUAGUAGCGGCCCUUCUAUAUCGUAUUAACAAUCGAAAUAUGGUCGAAAGCAAAAAUCUCUAUUUGAAAGGGCUUCUUCCUAUACCUAUGAAUUCCAUUGGACCCAGAAAUGAUACAUCGGAAGAAUCUUUUGGGUCUUCCAAUAUCAAUAGGUUGAUUGUUUCGCUCCUGUAUUUUACAAAAGGAAAAAAGAUCUCUGAGAGCUGUUUCCGGGAUCCGAAAGAGAGUACUCGGGUUCUCCCAAUAACUAAAAAGUGUAUCAUGCCUGAAUCUAACUGGAGUUCGCGGUGGUGGAGGAACUGGAUCGGAAAAAAGAGGGAUUUUUGUUGUAAGAUAUCUAAUGAAACCGUCGCUGGAAUUGAUAUCUCAUUUAAAGAGAAAGAUAUCAAAUAUCUGGAGUUUCUUUUUGUAUAUUAUAUGGAUGAUCCGAUCCGCAAGGGCCAUGAUUGGGAAUUGUUUGAUCGUCUUUCUCCGAAUAAGAGGCGAAACAUAAUCAACUUGAAUUCGGGACAGCUAUUCGAAAUCUUAGUGAAAGACUGGAUUUGUUAUCUCAUGUUUGCUUUUCGUGAAAAAAUACCAAUUGAAGUGGAGGGUUUCUUCAAACAACAAGGAGCUGGGUCAACUAUUCAAUCAAAUGAUAUUGAGCAUGUUUCCCAUCUCUUCUCGAGAAACAAGCGGGCUAUUUCUUUGCAAAAUUGUGCUCAAUUUCAUAUGUGGCAAUUCCACCAAGAUCUCUUCGUUAGUUGGGGGAAGAAUCCGCACGAAUCGGAUUUUUUGAGGAAAAUAUCGAGAGAGAAUUGGAUUUGGUUAGACAAUGUGUGGUUGGUAAACAAGGAUAGAUUUUUUAGCAAGGUACGAAAUGUAUCGUCAAAUAUUCAAUAUGAUUCUACAAGAUCUAGUUUCGUUCAAGUAACGGAUUCUAGCCAAUUGAACGGAUCUUCUGAUCAAUUCAUAGAUCCUUUCGAUUCCAUUAGUAAUGAGGAUUCGGAAUAUCACUAUCACACAUUGAUCAAUCAAAGAGAGAUUCAACAACUAAAAGAAAGAUCGAUUCUUUGGGAUCCUUCCUUUAUUCAAACGGAAGGAAGAGAGAUAGAAUCAGACCGAUUCCCUAAAUACCUUUCUGGAUAUUCCUCAAUGCCCCGGCUAUUCACGGAACGUGAAAAGCGAAUGAAUAAUCAUCUGCUUCCGGAAGAAAGCGAAGAAUUUUUUGGAAUUCUACAAGAGCCAUUCGUUCUUUUUUCUCUGACAGAUGGUCAGAACUUCAUCUGGGUUCGAAUCCUACUGAGAGGUCCACUAGGGAUCAGAAAUUGUUGAAGAAAGAACAAGAUGUUUCUUUUGUCCCUUCCAGGCGAUCGGAAAAUAAAGAAAUAGUUAAUAUAUUCAAGAUAAUUACGUAUUUACAAAAUACCGUCUCAAUUCAUCCUAUUUCAUCAGAUCUGGGAUGUGAUACGGUUCCGAAGGAUGAACUGGAUAUGGACAGUUCCAAUAAGAUUUCAUUCUUGAACAAAAAUCCAUUUUUUUAUUUAUUUCAUCUAUUCCAUGAACGGAAGAGGGGGGGAUACACGUUACGCCACGAUUUUGAGUCAGAAGAGAGAUUUCAAGAAAUGGCAGAUCUAUUCACUCUAUCAAUAACCGAGCCGGAUCUGGUGUAUCAUAAGGGAUUUGCCUUUUCUAUUGAUUCCUACGGAUUGGAUCAAAGACAAUUCUUGAAGGAGGUUUUCAACUCCAGGGAUGAAUUGAAAAAGAAAUCUUUAUUGGUUCUACCUCCUAUUUUUUAUGAAGAAAAUGAAUCUUUUUAUCGAAGGAUCAGAAAAAAUUGGGUCCGGAUCUCCUGCGGGAAUUUUUUUGAAGAUCCAAAACCAAAAAGAGUGGUAUUUGCUAGCAACAACAUAAUGGAGGCAGUCAAUCAAUAUAGAUUGAUCCGAAAUCUGAUUCAAAUCCAAUUCCAAUAUAGUCCCUAUGGGUACAUAAGAAAUGUAUUGAAUCGAUUCUUUUUAAUGAAGAGACCUGAUCGCAACUUCGAAUAUGGAAUUCAAAGGGAUCUAAUAGGAAAUGAUACUCUGAAUCAUAGAACUAUAAUGAAAGAUACGAUCAACCAACAUUUAUCGAAUUUGAAAAA